AUGCGCUAUGCGUUGCCCGAGGGCGUCACGUGCGAGAGGUGCAUCGUGCACUGGUACUGGGCAACGGCGAACUCGUGCAACCCGCCCGGGUAUGCCAACUACUCGUUCCCACGCAGGUGGGAGGGCUUGCCUGGGGAUGGUGCGUCCACGGGCGGCAUCAAUACAAACUUUCCAGAGUGCGGGAGCUCGGCUAAAGCCUUCCCAGAGGAGUUUUGGGCGUGUUCGGAGAACAUCGUCAUCAAGCCUAGGCGGCAGCGUGCCGCACGCACGAAGCAGAUCUUCCAUGACGGCGAGAUGAACAUCGAAGGCCCGGGUGACUCGUCUACGCAUCGCCCAGGCGUGAUCAAGCCCAGUCAGCCGGCGGCAAGCGCUGCCCCGUCAAUGAUGCUGCCGAGCGAGACCGGGGCUAGCAGUGGCGAACAGGAGGCCAGGCCGACUGAGAGGUCGAGGGCCAUGGACGGCAAGGCGUCGGAUAUUUUACCAGAGUCCGAUGAGGGCGCGAUUGCAGUAACCCCGUCCAUGAUGCCGAGUCAAAGAGCGGCCGAGGCUUACGGCGACCAAAAGAAGACGAGACCGACUGAGGAGAGUGCAGGGGGCGCGGAAGACGAAGAGUCGUACAUGCCACCUGUGGAGUCCGGUGAACGCAGGAACGCAUCCAAAUACAACCUUAUGCGCUACGUCUCCACGUUUGAUACAGGGAAAUGUUUUCGGGUCGACAAAGGAUUAUCCUUCUGUCAGGCCUGUCUGGACUUCGGUCAUGGAGUUACAAAGUGUAUGUGGUGCAUGGCUCAUGAGAACGGCAGAGGAGAAUGCUACGCCGACAUGCCCACGCACUUGUGA